AUACACUUUAGGGAUAUCCUAGCAACGUACUGAUUCCAUGUGAAGGAGAAGAUUCUGCCAAGUGGAACUUUGUUAACUCUUUGAAAGAGGCGGCAUAUAUUAUCAAUGGAAACUGCAAGAAUGUUAUGAAUAUGUCUCAGAGUGAUCAAGAGGAUCUGUGGACUUCUGUCAUGAACGGUGAUCUUGAUGCCUACACAAGGUUAUUACCCAAGCUUAAAAUGGGAAAUAUCGAAGAUGAGUUUUCAAGAAAAGAAAGUUUGUCAUCUCCAGUAUCUCGACAAGGUGGUGGGACUGAGAUAGAUGUGGCUGGACAAGUUAAGACAGCAAGGAUUCCUGUUCGGCUGUAUGUUCGAAGUGUAAGUCAAAAUUUCGAGAAUCUUGAAGAUGUGCCUGAGAUCGAUACAUGGGAUGAGAUUUCGUACAUGAAUCGCCCUGUUGAGUUCCUCAAAGAAAAAGGGAAAUGCUUUACUCUACGUGACGCUAUGGAAAGUCUCCUCCCGGAGUACAGUGGAGACAGAGCUCAAACGAGUGGAGAAGAAGAAGCAGAUGGGUCGCAGGAGACGAGGGGAGAAAUCAAGCUGGUAAGGAUACAAGGGAUAGAAUUGAAACUAGAGAUACCGUUUUCAUGGGUGGUAAACAACUUGAUGAACCCAGAAUUCUAUCUCCACAUCUCUGUUCUUGUGAUAGGUCCUCAAAGGUAAAAACUAGUAAGGCUCUGCAUCUACAAUCGACCUGUGAAUAGACCAAAUUGAUUUCUCGUUUGUUUUUUUAUAAGCCAAAAGCAUCAACUAUUUGUUAUAUACAUAUAAUGAUCCAACAUGUUUCAACAUAAA